CAUUCUUCUUUCCGUUAUCCUGUCAGUAGAAAUUGCAAUCAACUUUUAAUUAAAACAGCCAAGAUAUAUAAUGACCAUUUUGGACUCGAAUUUCAUUCUCACGCAGAGGAUUCUGUCAUAAUAAAUCAUCAAGAAUUGACCAAUGAAUUUUGACUUCCUGAUUCUAUCAUUGGUGUGAAGGUUAUCCAAGGACUUGUCGUUGCUUUUUAGCCUGUGACUGGUCAGCGGAUUCGCUUCAUCGGACAGACCUUUCCUCCUAAAUAUGAACUACUGACGGAGAGUUUGCUAGUCGUUCGAGGAGCACCACCGAGAGGAGUAGUUGACGGAUUUAUCUAACUGGCGCCAUUCUCUUUACGUAUACCAGACUCGGGGACGUCGACAUUCACUUGUACCGAAAUGUUGGUCUUUGAGAUGGCACAUUUUUUGAAAGCCCUGCUGGUUGUGACUUCUGCUAUGGUCAUUCUUAAUGUGCUAGCGUAUAAUGAGAUCCAGUGGGACAGCAGUAAUAUAGGGGCCCCAGUCGGCAGUCAAGUCACCGUGACGUGCGAAGUGAAUGCUUUAAGUUCGAGAGACGAAGUUUACAUCAGCAAGUACGUUGAUCGUUACACGCUGAUCCCUAUUGCCAAACGACAUGAUAUUAUCAAUCCGGCGAUGGAGCAGUUGUAUGAAGCAAGCAAGAAAUCUCGAUACGAUUCCAGUUCCAGCCCACGGAUAAGAUUUACUAUCAAGAAACUGACUGAUGAAACAGCCGGCAAGUACAUAUGCAACGCGACUGGUGCAUAUCGGCCGUCAGCCAGAAUCACCAUUGCCAUAAUAUACCCGCAUUGUCCGAACCCGAGGACAGAGUUGGUGUGUAGAAAGAAUAACUAUUGUUUGGCUGCCAGUCGGGUCUGUGAUGGUCAAAGUGAUUGCCCAGACGGCGAAGAUGAAACCAACUGCUUCAAUGGCGCUGUGGACCCCUACAAGUUGUGUGAAUUUCCAAACUGUGCUUGCGACAGAAAAAAACGGGGAGCAACUUGCAAUCUCGUGAGCCUUGGCCAGGCUAAUUUUCCUGACGACCUGUUCACGCUUGAUUUGAACCAGGCUCCUUUGCAGACUAUUCCUGUUGGGGCGUUCGAAAAUCUUUCGAACUUGAAAGGACUCUCAAUCAUGAACACUUCCAUUUCUACCAUCAUCGCCGGAAACUUCCGAGGACUUGAUUCUUUGGCCAGAUUAAUUAUCGAGUCUACUCCAAUUACAACCAUCAGGACUGGCGGCCUCGUAGGAAUGCCAUUGCUGAAAUAUCUUAAACUCGCCUACACCAAACUGACCACCUUGAAUUCAGGGACGUUCCAGGGAAUCGAGAACGUUCGUGCCAUCGAGAUAAUCACUUCUGAUUUAUCCAGCAUUACUAGAGAUACAUUCGACAAAUUGACGCUCCUGACAAAAAUCCACAUAUCCAACUGCCAUCUCGGAGUUCUCCCAGACAAGCUGUUCAUCAACAAUCCCAUCCUCAAAAUGGUGGAACUGGUCAAAGCUGGAAUAACCGCAUUUGGUGACAACACAUUUUACGGCCUUAAGAGAGUGAAAUCGAUUGACAUCAGCGAUAACAACGCAAACAUCAAGCAAGAAUUUUUAAACCAUUUGGCAAAGUCAGCUGAAAAAGUAAUCAUGCGCUCAAUGGGGAGGGACACCACGUUUUACAUUGGCACCUUCCAAAAGUUCUACAAGUUUGAGAUUCUGGACCUGUCAAACAGCCGUAUGUUUACGCUCCCUUCCCCAGGCACCUACCUGGACUGCAUCGACGGUUCCUGUUACCAAAAAUGCGGCAAGUUUGAAUACUUCAACCGGCCGCUGCGAGAACUGAAGACAAUGUCGGACCCUGUAGUUUAUGCUUUCCAUUAUGACUUGUACAAACUCGAAGAAGAUUUCUUCGGGCCUGACGCUUCCGCUGUGAAAUCGGUCACCAUUCAUGCGGACACAGUGUACACCCACCUAGAUGUUGGAUUGAAGAAACCGGUUCGGAUUAUAACUCGCAACUUCUGGGUGAAGGAGGGCCAGAUUUUUCCGAGUUACGGUAGUGGGUUUGGUUGCAGAUUCGAGUACGUUAAAACCUUGCAUGGUGAAAGGAACUUGGUUUACAUUCAGAUUGGGUUGUUCCAGGUAUUUACACAGAAUGUGCAGUUUAAGAAGUUUUGUGGACACCAGGAGGGCUUGGCGCAGAGUUUGGUCAGAUUCACUGGUCUGUUGCCUGAUUAUAACACACUCCAGGCGACGGUGCAAUGCGCACAGAUGAUUGGCGACAGCGUGGAGGAGAUUACCAAACAUUCUCUCCCGAUGUUGAAAAGCGUCAUUGCUUUUGCCUCGUCUCCUGGGACUGCUACCAUCCCUCGUUUUAAUGUUGUGCUCAACGAAGCUUUGAUGAUUCAGCAGAUCUUUGACGUCAAACUACGUCAUGAGGCAAAACUUAUUCCGUACCUGUCUUUGAGCACGUAUGAUACAAUUCUAACGGGACUACAAACACAUGCGAAUGACUACAAAAAAGCUUUAGACGACAUCGCAGCGAAUCUAGAGAGGAUUUCGGGACAGAAAUACAAAUUCACUGCCUUGAACCAAGCGGCUAGUAACACACUCCAGAUCGCUACCAGGGAGAAACAGGACAAUGAACAGGCCUUGGAGGUUUCUAAACGAGCGCUAGAGCGCCUGAGAGCGAAAUAUCAAGAAAUGAGAACGGAAAUGAUAGAGAAACAAGAAACGUUCCAGAGGGAAUUGAGGAAAUGGGCAAGGCGAGCUGCGAUAAAAUCGGCUCUUGGGAUAGUGACAGGGAUCGGUGGCAUAUUCGUAGGAGUGAGGAGUAACGAUAAGGGAGCUAUCUUAGAAAAUACCGGCUCCUUGGCAGGGUCUCUGAUGGAUUUGUAUGACCUUGUAAAUGCGGUUUCCGAAAUCACCGAAGUCUGUCAAGACAUGUUGAAGAUUGUUGAAGAAAAUGGUGCCACAAUUAACGCGAAGGAUGUGUCACAAUACCUUGAAGAUUUAGAAGCGGCAGCGGACCUGCAGGGGGCGCUUCCCGAAUGGCAGAACAUGGUCGACAUUGUGGAAAUAAAUGUCAAUUCCCCAGAGCUAAGAGAAAUAAGCGGACAUGCCGAUUUCCAUGAAGCAAUUCUAAAGGUGGCCAAUGUUGGUCGAGCUUUAACAAAAGAGCUGAUGAGACAGAGCAGGCUCCUCAUCGAGUCUUACUCAAAGAGCCUCCGGGAGCAACUGGCGGUCGAGUUCAACAACUUGGUAGCCUCCGAGGUUAAUGGCAUCACGUCUUCCUAUGAUGAUACGUACCAAUUGGAGUGGGGAUUAAAGGGACAGGCGUUCCAGGUCAGAAUGCUCCUCAUCGAGCAUCUAUUCGAAUACUGCAGCGCCAAGUUCUACUUUCAAUUUACGGACUGCGCAGACGACGUCCAGCCUUUUGUUGACGAUUCUCUCGGCGCGUUGAUUGGUAAGAUUGCAAAGGCAAAAGUCAACCAGAUCACGAAUAUGGUCAAUAUUGCUGGCUCCAGUGACUUUAAGGAGACCGUGGUGUUGAAAGACGAGACUAUAUGCCGGACGAUCACAGACUGCCCAAUCAAAACUCUCCAACGAGGAUUCUAUGCUGUGGUGAGAGUGGCUAAGACUAUGGCCAACUUUGCUGACUAUCAGAGGGUUCGAGUUAAGGAUGUCACCGUCCUAUUGAAAGGUGCAACAAGGAAUGGAAGAGACAUAUCAAUCCAUAUCGGCACUGUUGGAGCGUUCACUGACUAUUGGGAUAACCAACAAUACAAAUUCAUCAGCGUACCUUUCAAUCGGUUGUUCAAAUAUGAGCCUUCAAGUGACGGCCAGUCGAUUGCCGGUGUCUCCAUUACGGCAAACGACAUCAACCAGAACCUCUUCAUUAGUACCUCCCCGUUCACAGACUGGGUCCUCCAGGUCGAUCCCCGAGAUAACAGCGGCAUCAACCUCAGUGGGAUCUCCGAGAUAGUUAUUGAAUUCAAGGGAGUGGCAAAUCAGGACUAGUAGGAGCAAUUCACAGACGCCCCGCUCACUGAGCGAGUCACCCACGCGUCAACCUCGGUGACGUCUCAGAGAUAGUUACAUGUAUUUACUUUGAGGGUGUUGUGAAUCGGGACAAUAGGUAUAGUAGUUCUUAGGCUCACCGAUUACGUGGUCAUGCACGCUGAUCCCCGCUGUAACACGAGCAUCAAUCUCAUGCCAGUAGCGUCUCCGAGAUAGUUCUUUACUUCAGGGGAGUGGCCAAUCAGGAUUGGAGGCCGGGGCAAUUCUCUGAUAAUUUAGUGUAGAUCUCAUAUCUUUUUAAAUACAAACUGU